CUUAUUGCACGCAGUUGGGGAGGAGCACAGCAUUCUUAGCCAGUGUUGUUGAUCAAGGAGACCAUUAGUUGUUGUACAGCGUGUGUUAACUGCUCUGCUGCACCGAAUGCCAAAGCGAAACAGCACCUUUGAGGACCCACAGCAGGCUCUGAAGCGAGCAUACAGAGUGUUGUCAUUGACAGACUUACCAGAUGACAUCUUGACGAGGAUAUUCUCAUAUCUCCCACAAAACGAUGUGCUGAACCUCAUGGGACUAUCUUCGAAGCUGGUGAAUCCCGGCCAGAUGAGACUCUACAGGUCGUUGGUGAUCUGUGAGAAGCUGAACGAUAAGUUCUACCAGUCCCUUGCAGAGUGCACGGGGAGAACGUUGAUAUCUUCCUGGCCCAGGAUCUCGUCAUUCUUUGAAAACAUAUACACGAAGAUCAACAAGGGCAGAGUGAAUGAGCUCAAGUACUUGGAAUACGUGGAGGAAAUUGCCAGCUUCAACGUUUUGGAUUCUGGCCAAUUGGACCAGUAUAGGCACUUGACACAGUCUGAUCUGAACUACAUCUUGAAACUGAGACAGUACUGGGAUACUGUUGUUGGCGCAUUGCCAAAUUUGAAGUCCAUCGUUCUGCCAAAGAUCCCACUCUCCAAGCUAUCCUCGCUGAACCCAAGCGUUGUGAAUAACCUGAGGAAGCUGUCCAUCAGACUGGACGAUGGUGCGUUGGACCCAGAUCUCAAGUUCUCGGAACUCGCUGAUCUGACAAUCAACAUGUGGUUAGUAGACAGCUCUCCAGAUGCUCCAGAAGGACACAGAGAAGCACUCGCAAAGAACUUGAUGCAGAUUGUUGGUCAUGGAGGCACUAAUACGAAACUGAAGUCGUUAGAAGUCAACGGUGCGUUUGGCUUGUUGGACAAGGCAAUGGAACACUUUGAUAGACACUUCCAGUAUGAUGAGAAUGUGUCUUUAGGAGGUGGCAUGAAAAAGGCAUAUGAAAUGGGUGUGGAGUACGAACGGAACCGUAUUGAAUUUGGUGACAAUGAUGAAACGAACAGUCAGUACCUUGACGAUGAUAACGACGAGGACGAAAACAGUAGUGGAUCGUUUCAAAGAACUGCUGCCAACUUUCCAUGGAGUGGUACAACAUUGGACUAUCAGUAUCGUGUAUACAGCACACCAAGUGCCUUCAUCCUUGAGACUUUGGCAAAGGUCAAAUUUCCAAAUCUCUACAAGUUUGUCAUCUCAAACAUUGACACACUCGAUGAUCCACUCAUCUUGGGCUCGAAAGCUCCCUUUGAGAAUGCAUCGUUUUGGGAACUGCUGAAGCCAAGUGCAGAGCUUGGUAACCUUACUGAAUUGCAUAUAAAGAAUUGCUGGUCAGGUGAAUUUAGUUAUCCAUCAGCUCCUAGCCAAACAAUUGAUACGUCCAGUUCAAGUUUCUACCCUAUUAAGAGUCUGAAGAAGCUGACAUUUUCCAUACCAAGUGUUUCAACCUCUUUCUGCGAUCGAUUUGAUCAGUUCUUCAUCAAUGCAGAAUCUCCUAGCCUCGAGGAGCUGACCAUCAUCAACUGCUCGUACGGUGUCUACAAAACACUACCCAGAAGAUUAUUCACAAAUUUACAGGGUUUCAAGAAGUUGAAGAAGUUUACAAUGCACGAUAACUCUUCGAGAAUUAUACUGAACCAGAAGAUCUUGAAUUGUCAGAUAUACCAGUCCUUUUGGUCAUUCUAUGAUCUUACGGCCAUUGAUGACAAGUUAUUUGAGUUAUCUCUAUCGUUGAGGGAAUAUACCAAUGCAUCAAAUAGAGUAGAUGACUAUGGACAAGGUUGUGCGAGAUGCUUCCAGCAGCAAUAUCUCCCAUUUUUAACAGAGAUUGAAGAUGCUGUAUUCCUGGUCUUUCUGCCUCAGAUUCGAACGAUUUGUGAAGCACUUGAAAGACAUGGAGAUAUCUUCAAAGUCUUCCCUCAGUUUGAGCAGUUGAACUUGCUGGGUUUUGUAUUUGACAAGACAGAUCUUGAGUACGUCGUUAAGAAGAACAGGUUCCAUCAACGCAUUCGUGAUUAUUAGUCACAGGAAUUAUUUAAUAUUUAAUCAAUCAUUCAGAAGGAUAAAUUCUCUGUUGGCCUCUCUUCCUUUAAUUCGAUUACUUGAGCUUCUAGUUAAAUGCCCUUUGAGUAGACUGGAAAGG